ACACUUGUUUCAUAGUUUCUCUUUGUUACACGACAUUCUUUACGGUACUUUCGUAUAAUUACUUUCGCAGAUGGUAACCGAUUCAGGGGAUACUACCCACUGAGGUAAUUCCAGCAUCGCUCUAAGAAGAAAACUCUAUUCUCAUUGGCCAAUCGAUUACCGAUUCUUAGCAACGCGCUAGCGGUAGCCACAGACUGUUAUAGGCGUGGUUAAAGAUUGACUUUUUGGCACCUAAUGAAAUUCGAUAUUCCGAUUGGAUAGAGAUAACCCCACCUUCUGGAGGUCUCGGCUCCCAUAGGAUCAUGGAACUCUAAGGGGACUGCUUACUUACCAACGGAACUGAAUAGCAACAAAAGGCGUUCCGCCGGGAUUUCAUUUCAGUGCACGAGAGUUGUCGGCUUGAGACCAAUACUACGCCGAUCUACCAUCUUUCAAAUUGACCCUUUACAGCUCCUGGGAACUAAAGGGAGCUCGUGUCUAAGCGAUGAUUUUUGAAAAACAUCCGGAAAUUAAACGUUUUGUUCUAGAAUUUUAAGUGUCUUUUGGGAUAUAUGUAAAGAAUUGUAAAAGAUUUCCCGCGUUUAUCAAUAUUUCAUGUGUUUUCAUAUUUUUCACACUUCCGGACAUCUUUAUUACAAUUUUCCAUUUUCCGUGAUACGUUGAUUGAAAAUUUUCUACAUGGAAUACCUAUGAGAUACGCAAAGAGAAACAAUAAACGCAGAGAAACGUAAAUAGUUAAUAGAUGUGUAUGAAAAACAAUCAGUGACAUAUUGCUGCAAGUGCUUGUUAUAGAAAAAAACUGUCUCCCCGAUGAAGGAGGAAAUUUCAUCUCAACUUGGUACCAUUAGAAACUGGAUGCAACCUACAAUGGUUGAACAAAGCGCAGGAAGUGUUGGGGUAGGAAUAACACGUGCACACUUUGAGAAACAGCCACCUAGCAAUUUACGGAAAAGUAACUUUUUUCAUUUUGUUCUUGCGCUGUACGACAGACAGGGACAACCUAUAGAAAUCGAGAGAACGGCCUUCAUAGACUUUGUGGAGAAAGAAACUGAGUCCGAUACUCUCAAAACAAACAAUGGCAUCCACUACAGAUUACAAUUAUUGUAUGCAAAUGGGGUCCGGCAGGAACAAGAUUUGUAUAUACGUCUCAUCGACUCCGUCACAAAAACACCCAUUGUUUACGAAGGUCAGGACAAAAAUCCAGAAAUGUGCCGGGUACUACUCACACACGAAGUCAUGUGCAGCCGAUGUUGUGAUAAGAAAAGUUGUGGAAAUAGAAACGAGACCCCCUCAGAUCCAGUCAUCAUAGACAGGUAA